AUGGCGUCAUUUUCACCUCCGCGGGGCACCUGGUUGCUGGUGUUGUGCAUUUGUCUCGUGCUGCUGCCAACCAAAGCGGCAGCGUUUGGGGCUGGUAAUAUUCCGUCGAUUGCACAGGUCGAGGGACACAACUGGCGUCAUGGAGAUAUUGAGGAUAUGCUCACCAGCAUUGCUUUUCUCCACGGCAAGAAAUGGACGUCUAUGCUUGUAAAGAGAACAUACUUUGGCAAUUGGCUCCGUGACUACUCACAGGCAGUCGAUGUUGGCUCCCUCAAGGGCGUAAAUGCUCCCACAAUUCGCAUCUUGGUCUGGGUCCUCUCAUUCAUGUCCUUUGGCUAUGCCACCGAGGAGUUCGAGGUAACCGAAGAACGCUUAGGUUGCUACCGCCCGGAGGAGCACAUUGACAACCCCAAAGGCUACGCAGAUGGCAUUGACGCUCGAACACUCGAUCCUCGUCUCCGUGGUCCGGUCGAUCCCAUUGAAAUUGACAUCGAUCCGCGUACCGGCAUGAAGAACUACAUUGCUAAUGAGAGCGGGCGAUGGGCAACCAGUGCCGGCUAUCUUCGAUACAGCUUUGCUCGAAGCAUCCACUUCGGUCGUCUCUAUACCAGCGGAUCACAGAGCGGCAAGGAAGCCGACUUGUGUGAAGCGCUUAGGUGCCUCGGUCAGGCUCUGCACUGCAUGGAAGACUUUAGCGCCCACAGCAACUACUGCGAGUUGGCCCUCCGUGAGUUGGGCCAUCGAGACGUCUUUCCACACUGCGGUACCCAGUCCGAAAUCACGGUCCGAGGAAAACGCAUCUACCCCCUGGUAACCGGAACCUUUGGCGGCGUUGACUUUUUACAUUCUGUCAUUGGCGAGGCAAACGAUCACUUCACCCAAUCUGAGGUCGACGAGGUCGAUGUUGCUCUCCUCAACGCUGGAGCCUCCGGCAGCGGUGGUGGAGGCGCUUCCCGGGGCUUCUUGGGUAUCGACGCCCCGAAAGAUUUCAUCUCACUCAUCUCCAAGAUCCCGGGCGACGGAUCGGGCUUUGCUUCUCAAGCUCGGGAGCUCAAGGCCAUGGCUGAUGCCCAGGAGCGAGACAACGAGGCACGUUCUCGUGCCGGAGGGAACACUAACGUCGUUCCCGGCAUGAGUCCAAAUUUCGACCCAGUCAAGACUGCAAGGCAGAUUUACCCCAUUUUGCAGUUUCGCGACAGGAUUGUAAAGGCCAUUAGCCGAGGUAUCGAAAAGGUCCCUGGCCUCGAGAAACUCCUUGAGCACAUCAGCGAGACGCUGACUGCGUUCAUUCUCGGCCUUCUUGCUCCCUUUAUUAGGCCUAUCAUCAACCAGGUCUCAAAGGUGCUAAAGGAUGGUUCUUCCGGCGUCAUCAGUGCCAGUGCCAAUUCCCAAUUCGAGCCUUGGGAUAACCCCAGAAGCUCGGAUCCGACACACUCCAUGCUGUCAAAGGACCAUUUCACCAAUAUCCUAAACUCUUGUGCUGGUCGAAUUGCAGCUACGGUUCUCCAGUACACUGUUCCUCGUGUGCUCUAUGCUUGGGAGAACCCCAAUGUACCCGUCGAUGAAGUCGUUAACGACGUUCUGCGAGCAUUCCAUCAUCCAGCUCUUCGUGAUGAGCAUGUUCAGAUCCAACGGGACAUGUUCCGCACCGUUCAGAGCUGGGCUAAGUCUGUCAAGCAGGGCAAAAACCACAUUCUCAAUCAGAAGACGAAGGGUGGUGUCAGCGGCCAUGCUCAUGACGCAUGGAAUACAGUUACACAGCUUGGUCACGGUAAAGUGUCCGGGUCUCUGUGGGAGCAAGUCAAAACCCGAGACUUAAACUCCAUGGAGGGUCGUGAUGGAAAUCCGGCUGUGAACUAUACUUCCAAUUCUCCAGCUCCUCCUUCUCGCUAUUCGCCGCCGGCUCAAGGAGGUUAUGGUUAUGGAGAGAGUGCCUCGUACGUUUCUCAGUCUCAUACGGAGUCAUCUCAUAGCCAGUCUUCUGGCUAUCACCAGGGCUACCAGAGUCAACCACAUUAUUCACAGCACGAAUACGGUUCCCAUCAGCCGCAGUACCAACAACAGCAGUAUCACCAGCAACAGCAAUACGGCGGCGGGGGCCAACCUCCUCAUGGAUACGGUGGCCCAGCUCAGCCUCAGUAUGCUCCUUAUCAUGGCCAAGGGCACCAGGAUCAACAGCCUCCCUGGGGCUCUCAGCAUGAGCACCGACAUGGCUACUAA